GUUGCUGGGUCUGCCCGGGCUGCUGGGAACCUGCAGCUGGUGGCGGAAGCGGUCAGCCUGCAAGGCCUGGCUUUGGUCUCCGCCGGACGCGCCGUGGAGGCACAGCAAGUGUUGGGCGCUGAGCUCAACGCGAGCCGAAGUGCAGGAGAUCACCAGAGUCAGGCAAUUCUGCUGGCGGCGCAGAGCAGCGUGGCGCUUGCAGCCGGGGACGCGAAGACGGCGCAGGGCUACGCAAGCGAAGGCCGACAGAUCAUUUCAAGAAAGGGCUCGCCAUCGGAGAAGCAAAGCAGGGCGCUUCUUCUCCGACUGCAUGUGGCAGAAGCCAAUGCCCAUCUCGCCGCGGAAGCGAUGGUCCCAGCGGCUGUCUCGGCUUGGGAGGCUCUCUCCUUGGCCCGAGAAGCUCGGGACGAUGAUGGCCAGUGUGAAGCAUUGCACGUAAUGGCUCUCCUCUUCCUGUUUUUCGGCAGGAGCGCAGCCAGAAAAGCGCUGCAAGAGGCUUCGAAGGGUGACUCGCCCUUUGCAUCUCUGGAGUCCUCGAACCAAACAGCCGCGCUUCUCCGGAGGCUUGGGGACAAGGAGGGAGAGGCUGCAGCGAUGCUCUUUGGCGUUGCGGAAGCCCGGCUGGAGCAGGGAAACGGCCUCGAGGCCCAAGGGGCUGCGCGCCGUGCGCAGGAACUCUUCCGUCAGCUAAGACACCGACGGGGCCGGCUCGCGGCCCUGGACACUCUGACGCGAAGCCUGGGCCUGGACACCUUGGCCACACUUCAGGCCACCGAAGAGGAGCUGAACCUCUUCGUGUCCGAGCAGGAUAUUGCCGGGCAGGUCUCGGCGUACCAGAUCUUGGCGGAUGCGUACAUCGCCAGGAAGAUCUACGGAGAGGCGCGCAGCGCUCUGAGGAAGGCCGUUGAGUUGCUGAAAGGAACAGCAGCUGCGGAGUUGGAGGGCCAGACCUUAUUGCUCCUAUCGCAAGUCGAGGACUUCAUGGGCGGGACGGCGGCUGCGUUGAAGUCUGCUGAGAAGGCCCUGACCGCUGCGAAGUCGAGCAAGGCGGGUGCCCUCGUGACGGAAGCUCGGCGGGUCGUCAGCCGCUUGCAGACGAAGUCCGGCCACACAGAGCAGGCCCCGAACCGACGCGACGCCCUCGAGGCCCUUCGCGACUUGACGCAGGCCGCGCGCCGGCGCGAUGCGGAGGAGUUCACGGCUGCUAUGGCUCGCCUGGAAGAUCUCUCCGGCUACACCGACGAGGAUGUAAAGGCAGCUCUCAUCAUUGAGGAUGACGAGGAUCAGGUUGGCCUGAUCCAAUUCCUGAAGAAGCACCAGCAGACUUCUGGCGGAGCGCCCGUCUCCAAGAGCGGGAGCUCUGGCUCCACGGUGAUGACGGGAAUGAGCCAUGCUCUGCUCUACCUGUCCUUCCGUAUGGGAGGCUAUGGCUACAGAGUCGAAGGAGAGGAAGCCGUCCAUGGGGUUGCCUACCUCAGGCUCCUGUCCUCGCAGGAGGAGUGGGGGAGGAUCCUGGACUCCAUGCAGCACUCUCUCAAUGCGAUUGAGCUUGCCGGGGUGGAGUUUGGCAUGGCGGGGGCCGGAUAUGUCAUCGUCAUCUGGGAUUUGAAGUCUUUGCAGGAAGCUCGCCGGAAUCCGAGUCCAGAGGGAGAUGUCGGAGUUGGAGUUAUAGAAAUGACCCUCCUAGGGCCAGGAGCUGCCGAGAGUCGAAGCAGUCGUUCCGAGUUCUCCUCCAAGCGAGAGAUUUUGGUUUACGAGAGUGCCAUGGCUUGGGGCUUCCUCCUCCUAUCGCUGCUGGUGCUGGCGAGGUCCUGGGAUCUCAAGGGGCCCUGUGACAUCUACGCCGAAGGCAAGACACCCUGCGUCGCCGCACACUCCCUGACCCGUGCACUGUACGGAUCCUACUCUGGAGCCUUGUAUCAGGUGAAGCGCUCUUCGGACGGUGCUACUCAGGAUAUUUCUGUGCUUCCCGGCGCGGGUGUAGCCGACUCUUCUCUCCAAGACUCCUUUUGUGAGAAAGACUCCUGCACUGUGUUCCGAAUCUACGACCAGUCACCGAGUAAGAACCACUUGGACCUUGCACCUGCCGGCGGCGCGGUGAAAACUCCCGACAAGGGCGUUGAUGCAGCUGCAAAUCGCAUCUUUGUCUUGGACCAGUCCACCAAGAGGCUGCGCGCCGUCUACGGCGCCAAGUUCGAGGGUGGCAUGGGGUACAGGAAUGACAACACCAGCAACAUAGCAGUUGGUGACGAGCCAGAAUCGAUGUACAUGAUCGUGGCAGGGAAGCACUACAAUGGCAGGUGCUGCUUCGACUACGGCAAUGCCGAGGUGGACAAUCUUGACCAUGGUCCCGGCACUAUGGAAGCCAUCUACUUUGGCUCGAACACUGAGGGCAGUCAUGGGGCAGAGGAUGGGCCGUGGGUCAUGGCUGACUUGGAGGACGGACUGUGGGCCGGGAGCACUGGGGGCGAGAGCCCGGCCAACACGCCCAUUCGCAGCGACUUUGUGACGGCGAUGGUAAAGGGAGGCACGAAGAACCGCUUUGCUCUCAAGCAUGCAGAUGCCACGGCAAAAGGUGGAAGCAGCCCUGCUGAGAAGAUGCUCAAGACUCUCUAUGAUGGCACACGUCCGCCAAAGUACGAGGUCAUGAAGAAGCAGGGCGCAAUCAUUCUAGGUAUUGGGGGAGAUAAUAGCAACUGGGCCGUGGGGACUUUCUAUGAGGGCAUCAUGACAAAAGGGUUUGCUAGUGACAGAACGGAUGAUCUGGUGCAGAUAAACAUCCUGAACACGGGCUACAGCAUGACAGCCAGCAUGGAUGGAGUCACGGAAGACUUGGGGCCUCAGACCGAUGAGGCCUUCCAUCGUGGCAUAGGCCACGCUCCCUGGAAGCACCAGCGGGAGGCUGUUUCUUGCCUGCUGCACGAUCUUCAGCGGCAGCACGCUUUCCAGAACAACCUCCUGGUGCAGCAUGCCACAGGCGGCGGCAAGUCUGCGACGAUGGCAUGGUUGGUCCACUGCCUAAGUGGUCUCCAGGACAGCGAGGGCCGUGGCUUCAGUCUAGUGCUGCUGCUUACCGAUCGGCUUCAGCUUGACCGUCAGUUGGGAGAUACAGUGGAGCAGUUUCUACUCCGGAACGGGUGCCAUGCGGAGAGCAUCCGGCGUGCAGAUGACAGCCGCAACAGCCUUGCCAAAGCGCUUGUGGCAUCCUUGCACCCCGGACGGCGGAAGUGCUUCACGGUCGUAACAACCAAGCAAAAGCUGGAACGACUUCGCACGCAACGCGGCCGACCGAUGACAGGCUUGCUCGAAGGAGUCCUUCGACGUGGCCGUGUGGCCGUCGUCUGCGAGGAAUGCCACCGUGCGCACUUCCGGGACGGCGCCACCUUUGCCACCGUCUCGAGGCUCUUUGGAUCGGAAGGCUCGGGCUCGAGCCAGCCCCCAGGGCUUACGUACAUCGGCUUCACUGGGACUCCAGGACGGAGUGCGCUGCGCUUGUUCGGCCGGCUUGAUCCAGAGGCCCGAAAUGGUCGAGAAAGCCUUGCGUGGCAGCCGGCGCACUGCUACCAUCUGGGAGAAGCCGAGAAGGACGGAGUAGUGCUGGACAUCUUAGCGAACUACGAAAACGUGGACCUGGAAGCGUCUGAUGUCCAGAGAAAGGCACAGUUUAUUCUCGAGGAUCUGGACUCCGUGGUCCGGAGCUAUAAGGAUCCCUCCUUUGCGGCUGUCAUGAAAACCAUGGUGGUCUGUCAGUCCCGUGCAGAUGUUGUCGCGUAUACGUCGGCGUUGCGUGGUCUCUUGGACUCUGGUCGCUGGGUUUUCCCAGGCAGCUACAAGAAGUGCCUGGCCAGCCCCAUUCACAUGGUCCAGGUCUUGUCAAGGUUGAACCGCCGCUGCCAUGGCAAAUCCCGCAUCUUCGUGCGCGAUUUCCGUGGUUGCGUGGCACUGAAAGUAGCAAGGCCAAGCCGAAGCCGCAGCGCUGAACGUCUCAGCGUUCCGGCGCCGCGUGUCCUUGCGUGCGUCGACCAGCCAGGUUCAAAUGUCCCCAAGAAGCUGGGUCGCGUUGAGCCUCCCCGUAGCUUUGCCCUUAAAAUAGCUGAACAUCUUGCAGACGAGCUGAAGUGCCCAGCCGUGAGGGUUGACGACCGGCCGGACGAGGCCGAGACAGAGGACUCGAAGUCAGAUAACAUCUCCGGCGCCUCAUCACCUUGGGCCUUCGUGCUGGGAGGAGUUGGCAUUCUGUCGCACAUCGCCGCCUUCCUUGGUGGACGCUGGCUGCAAAGGCCGGUUGUGAGUCCGGCUUCUCCGAUCCAUGGCCGGCGCCGGGGAGGCUCUCCUGGUCACUAUUGGAUUGUCACCCCUGACGCCGACAUCUACGAAGAGGACCUCCGAGGACAAGCGGAAGAUGGCCCGCGGCGAGUUCGAUUGGUCCCUUUUGGGGUCAGGACGCUGGCUAAUCUCAGGACGGCGGUUUACCGGUUCCGAGACGAAUGGACUGGCGAGCAGAUGAAGAAGCUCAUCAAGGAGGCCAUUGCCAUGCACGUCGCCGCCUACGGCAAGGAUCCUGGCGCUGACGAGUCCGAGGUCGAGCUGGAGGACGGCAACUUACAGAGCUUCGGCGCCUUCAUCGGAGCCCGCCAGUCACGGCGGCUGACGGGUAAAGGGCCCUUACAACGGGGUUACGGCGAAGGAUGGAGGCCUCCCACUACUCGGCCUGGAGCCUGGCGAGUUGCAGAUCCUAGAGGGCAUCUGGCUUUGGGGAUGCGCUUGGAGCCUGGUGCCACCAAGGAUGUUCGCCUCGGCGAUGGUGAAGGUGUUCUGUGGAAGGACCCCUUCUGGAUCCGUGUGGAGUGGGUCGAAGAAGAUUCUCUCCCAGCGUGGAAAGCGUCCCGGGUCAAUGAGCUUCGGGCCGGGUGCCCUGUCAACGAGGGGAGCGACUUGGCCUUGGACCUGGGCGUCUCCGAUCCUCCAGGCCCGAACGCCUCUUUGCCUAAGGCGGAGAAUGACUCGGGAGAGACCAAGGGGCCUGGGGACGGAGAGGAUGUCAGGACCUUGUGGGUUUUGUAUGAUGAGCAAAAUGAGCGCUACAGGCCUUGGAGACAAGUGGUGCAGGACAGCAGCACCCACUCCUUCAGGGACUGGCCACAUCAAGGACCCCAGACAGCCCUUCACACCUUGAAGCACUUCCUGCGCCACGGAGGAGAGCCGAAAGCCUGGUUGGAGCUUUUCUUAAGGAGACACUCUAUCUCUCAUACUGAUCGAGUUGCACACGAGCUCCGAACACUCAUCGACAUCGUCUGGUAUGGAGGAACAUAUGAUCAGCUCAACCUGGCCUCCCUUGCCUCCUUUGAAUCCGCCAUGAGACGCAUCCAGACCAUUGUGGAGGCGUUCGCGAGCAGCUCAGGUGGCACUCCGCAGUGGGAACAUGCUCGCCUCUACACUGGCCAUGUCACUGCAGAUGACCUCGUUAGCCCGGAUCUUCGGGCCUGGGCAGCUAAGAAAGGAAAGGAGGAGGUUGAGCUCCACCAGGCCCGGACCAAGCUUAAAGAGGCGAGGCGGCUUGUUGGCGGUCAGGGCAACACCGAGGACAACGGCGAGGACACCCCAGCUGGAUCGAACCUCCCAGGUCGGGGACGUGGUCGGGGCCGCUCCGCCAAAGGGGUGGAGGCAGCCCUCGAGGAGCUGCUCCACGGAUCCAGUGAAUACGCCGGAUCUGUAACCACUUUGGCGGCCUACAACCGCGAGCGCAUCUCCAUGCCGGAAUCCCUGGACGGCUCGCCCGACGUGGUGGACCUCCUGCCGGCUGAUGCCCGUCGCUUUUUGGAGGCCCCUGAGCGAAUGGUGAAACAGGGUCCCGAGGUUGAGUGCGAGGUCACCCCCUAUUGGGACCCCGUGCUCCGUAGGAGCCCAAACAAGUAUAGACAGUUCAUCCAAUACCUUGACAAGAUCGGUUACCUAGACUUCACGCUGACGCCCCAAGAACGAGCAGGAGUUUUCUUCGUGCAUAAGAGUGACAGGCAACGCAUCCGUUUGAUCAUUGACGGACGAAGAGCAAAUGCCCGACUGAAAGACCCUCCAGGAGUCAGUUUGGCCACGGCCGAGACCUUCGCCCGAGCCGAGCUCGAGCACGACAAUGAUGAGGCAACCUCGAUGGCUUCGGGAAUUCUUUGCUUUGGACCCGGUGCCAGCUCGUUGGGUAGGCCCGUCAGCGACCGCACCGACCCUCUCGUCAUUCAAGUUCGGCCCUCAGAUGACUACCUCCUGGCCACCUGUGAUCGGCACUAUGUGUACGUGGAUAAUCUGGGCAUCAUCUCAACCGACGAGCAAAAGGUAGAGUCGGCGCUCACCGAGGUCACUUCGCUCUUCGAAGGCCACGGCCUGCUGCUCCACGCGGGAGAGAUCAAGGCAGAGGAAGUGAGCACAUUGGGAUGUCGACUUGAUGGGGUGAGACAUUGCACAGGCCUCAAGAGAAGCAGAUUUCACAACGUCCGCCAGGCUCUCAAGGGCAUUCUUCACCGUGGUACCUGUACAGGACGUUUGUUGGAAAACUUAGUGGGACACCUGACCUACUCGUUUUUAGUGGCGAGGCCACUGCUGUCGAUCCUCCACUACACGUACAGAUAUAUCCAGAGGCACUACUACCAGAAGGCUAGGCUAUGGGAUUCAGUACGCUCAGAGUUGGAGGCAGCAGUGGGCGGGCUCAUUUUCUGCGAGGCAGACUGGCGCAGACAAUGGAACCCACUGGUUGGGGCCUCGGAUGCCAGCCUGACUGGCUACGGAGUUUGCACUUCCUUCUGGCCCUUGGAAGAGGUCCAGGCUGCUGGUCGGAUGCCCGAGCGUGAAAGAUUCAGAAGGCAGGGUGCUCAUUCGGCAAGGGAGUCGGCCUUGGAGGAAGCUCUGGGUCGGGAUGGCCGAGAUUUUGAACCCAGCCUCCCGCUCGACCCUCUCUCAGGUUGGGACAUCGAUGCCACGUUCCCUGAAAUCAAGGCCUCACUCCUCGCUAAGGACCGCUGGGAUGUGAAGUUGAUGGGGCGCUGGAGCUAUUCGGAAGGGAUCUUUGAGUUGGAAAGCCUGGCGUUACUUAAGUCGUUGGUUCGCGUUGCUCGCACUCGAUACGGACAUGACUCCAGACAACUUCUUCUUGUCGACAACAUGGCAGUGGCGUUGGCUUUCAGCAGGUGGAUACCGUCUGAGCUGAAUAGCGCCGACGGCCCGUCGCGCAAUGAGGCCAUCGAAAAGGACCCGAACACUGAGCCCUCCGGCUCCUUCCCGCAGCGCCCCAGCCAAGAGAACCAGGGUGCUGGAAGGGUGCCAGCCGCCCUGCCUACCUCAGACGCCGAGCUCCUGACUGCGCCCCUGCUCACACCGGCCCGCAAAGCGCGGCCGGCCAGUUCCUCCUCAAGCACGACCGACCCGGACGAGGACGUGAAGACAGCGGGCCGCCUCGACAAAAAGAGGGUGCUCCGUUCAAGGGUGAAGAACCGCCUCCGGAAGUACCUUACAGCUGCUUUCGAAAGCCGCCAGGCCGGGACUACUCUUCUGGAGUCCCACGCCGUCACCCCGGCGGUGCAGUCUUACUACCAAGUGGAGCUAAAGGACAUGCAGAACUAUGUCAAGGCAAACAACUUGGACUUCACAACGGACGAGAGCAUCGACCAGGCGAUCGUGUCUUGGAUGAACGCCUGUUUCUGGAAAGGUGCGCAGGCUCACAAGGGAGAGAAGCUCCUGGCGGCGUUGAUGCACUUCAAGCCGGAGUUUGGCCGUCUUGGCAGCCGCAAACUGCCGCGAGCUUGGCGUGCGCUCAAAGGCUGGCGGAGACUCACUCCUUCACGCAGCAGGCAGCCUUUUCCACUGCCGGUGUGGGCCUCCCUGGCCUGCGAACUGAGACGGCGUGGGUUCACCAGGAUGGCAGUGUUCUUGAUGGUGGCCCUAAGUUCCUACGCUCGACCCGCAGAACUCUUGCGUUGCACGACUUACUCUUUGGUGCCGCCAGUUGCCACAGCAAGCCCACAUUGGAGCCUCCUUCUCUCCCCCGAGCACUUGGGUCAACCAGGCAAAACAGGGGAGUACGAUACCAGUGUCAUCCUCGACUCCUCUUACCUCCAGCCCUGGUGCCUGGAAGUCUUCACGCUGCUAAGAAAGCAGUCGCCGAGCAUGCCGCUUUGGGAUUUCGACUACGGCGUCUUCACAAAAGAGUUCCAGGCGGCGGCAAACAGUCUCCAGCUUCGGGUGUCGCCUUACCAAAUGCGACACUCAGGACCCAGCAUAGACCGCGCAAAAGGGUGGCGUACGCAGCUGGGAGUGCAGAGGCGCGGAGGCUGGAAGAGUCUCAAGUCCGUGAUGCGGUACGAGAAGUCAGCUCGACUCAGCGCGGCCUUCCUCGAGCUGCCCCAGGCGGCCCCCGCCAUGACUCCGAAGCAUCGUGCGAAGUACUUCCUGGACCUGUUUUCGGGCAGGGGAGGGGUCAGUUCAGCAUGGCGCCGUCUGGGCUUUCGAUCCUUCGAGUUUGACCUUGAGCAUGGCCCCUCGAGUGAUCUCACAUCACCUUCAGUUUUGGCCAAGGUGCGGCAAGGCAUCCUAAAAGGCGAAGUGCUGGGAGCGAUGCUUGCUCCUCCCUGCUCAAGUUUUUCCGUGGCCAGAGACCGCACUGUUGUGGUUAGGACGGCUAAGUCACCCUGGGGGCUACCUACGCACUGCCUUUCUGAGAAAGAUCGUGUCGCAGUAGCCGUGGGCAACAGAUGCGUGCGGUCGGCCAUCCGGAUUUUAAGUGCACUGGAUCAACUUCGGCUUCCUUGGUGCCUCGAGAAUCCAGCCACGAGCAAAAUGUGGGACUUACCGCCGCUGAAGCAGCUCAUGUUGCAACCGCAUGUUCAAGUCGUCACAGUAGAUUUCUGCCAGUUCUCUACUCCUUGGCGUAAGUCCACUACGUUGCUUUUCGGAAACCUUGAUGCGCAGGACGUGGCCCGGCCUGUGCUCAAGGACAGGACUGCCUCACAAGCGGUUAACAGGAACUGCACCGGACGGCCGCCCUUGGACACUGCACGCCCAGCCCUACCCAACCCGUUUUUGCAAAGACUUGGCUUUCGCGCUGUCUUCGCCGUAUCUAACCACCGAUCCUACAACUUUGUGGCACACAUCCUCUUGAUUUGGGAUGAUUUGGGGGUACUCCACUUUGAGUUUGACCUGCUUCUGGCGAUGGCGGCAGCUUUCCUCAUGGCAUUC